AUGUCGAGGCCAGACCUUACUACCCCAGAGGAACCUGACGUGCCAAUCUCCAACAGGAAGGAGAUACCGGCCGAUAGGGGGGAUCAGACUCAGAGGCCCAAGCGGAGCCACGGUGCCCUCGGAUCGGUCCCGAGAGCCCCGGCACCCACAGGAUUCCUGGUGCUCUUACCGGGCUCUCACCGGCUAGCCCAAGAGCUCGGUGACAACGAACCGUACGUCUUCCUCACCCUCUGUCUUCCCAGGCGGCGGCCGGGGCACACACCAGAUACGCCGAACCACGGCGGCGUCUGCGUAGAGCCGGCGAUGCCGCGGUCGCCGAGCCGCUCCCCGGCCCUCAGCCACCAGCCACGGGUGCUGCCGACUGCCACCCGACGGCAGCCACUCCGGUUCACGGGGAUCACCUCUGGGCCGGUGCCAGUGCAACAGCGGAAGGGUUAUAUGACUGCUCGGAGUGCCCCGUCCAAGGGCCGGUCAAAACUUGGUGCCACACCCACAACUGAAAUGCACCAGGCCGCGCCCGUUGCCCUCCGGGUCACCUUGGGCCUCGCCCCGCCCCCCCUUCCCCCCCGCGCAGCGGUGGGCGCCGAAGCCGAGUACCUGGGCCCGGGGGGGCCUAGAGACGGACGUCGGGAGGCGGGGUCGGUCGGUGUCGAGGCCCCCGCCCGGGACCCAGCCGCUCCGCCGCCGGGCGCCGCACGCUUCUCCCCGAUGGAAGGACGAGGGGGCCUCGGCCGCCGAAACCCACCCGACCCGGCCCGACCCGACCCGACCCGACCCGACCCGACCGACAGACGGAGCGAGCGGCGGCCGGUCCUGCGGCCUAAGGGGCCCCGCGCUCCCACCCCGCACACUGCGCCUGCGCACAACACGCCCCCGCCCCCCCCCCCCGGGAGAAGCGCCGGGAGCCUCGCGCCCCCUGCCGGCCGCGCCGCCGCCCUGACGCUCUGA